AUGGACGCGGAUCCGAACACUUCUAUUCCCACAUUCGAUGGAGCAGGAUGGUUCAGCGGCGUCAAAAUCAUAGAGUGCAAGGACGACCCCUCUCUCACAUGGGCUAAGGAAGCUUUAAAGAAGCUUCAAGACCUAUGGGAAGGUGCCGCACUUGAAAUAGUGGAUCGCAGCUACGUACCGCCUAUACCAAAGGUAAAGGUGUUGAUACCGCGCAUGAUAAAUCCGAAGUAUGCACUGCGUCCGCUACAAAUGCAGAAUAAAGAUGUACCUACCAAUGACUGGAAGAUAUUGAAAGUGGUUAAAUCAGCGAACGCAGAUGGAAGCCAGAACUACAUCCUCCACUUUGUACGAACGAUUAGGAGAAAUGGCGUGGGGCAUUGA